AUGGCGACACCAGCAGGUAGUAAGUUCUCGUUUUCACGAUUUUGUUCUUGUUUUUAAGGUAAUAGGAAUAGCUUACUUAUUGUGGCACUUCUCAUGCCUUAUACGUAUCUUCGUAGAUGUCACAUACUUUUCGGUCUUAUUUGUUCUCCGUCGUCAUUGGUCCUUUUUGGCUGCUUAACCAGUUCUAAAUCAUCCACAGCAUCACCAUUUUCUGCUCUUUAUUUCCCAAUUUUUUCCACGUUUUAAGUUUUAAUACUUCUGUCGUACUGCUUUUGGAGGCCCACGGUGUACCGACAACCAGCCGCGUUGCGCUAAAGCAGUUCGUUCUGUAUUUCCGCUGAACACUGUACUAGUGCUAGCUUGGGUUCCACACCCCUUCGAAUGCUAGAUGAAGGCGACUGAAGAUUAAUCAGUCUUUGAGUUACUAAAAAUCGCAGUUUUAUCCAUCCGCCAAUUGGAUCACAUCUCCACCUCCAAGUUAAGACAUCUUGUAUAAUGUCCUUUGCCACGUAGUCAGUAGCAGUUUAAGACUAAACUCCUCCCCAUUCAACCACGAUCGCUUUUCUCUGCAGGAAAUCAGGAUGCCAGACGUUUAUAUGAACUGGUUGAUCGCAAAUGGAAGCUGCAUUUCAGAGGAGACAGGAAAAUCAGAUUUUUCGUGUCCAAUGACUUGUGGUAAGUUUGGUUUUUUAAGCUCUUGCUACUGUGACUUUCACAUGCAGUUCAAUGGCUGAGUGCUUCCUUGCUGAAGCAUAUGUCUGAAUAACAAAAACAAAAAUCUACGCACUGUAACUAACUAGCCAACAGUGAAAGUAGAAGUUGUUUCAAAUGUGAAAAUUAAAAGUUCCGAAAAAUAGACUGCAAAUAUGCCAUCGUUGCUGCAAGUCUGCUUUUUUGUACUACGUUGGACGGAUGUUUGGUCGGGUAUCAGCAGAUAACUGACUAUGUGAAAACAUGCAGACACAACGAGCGCAUAUUGGAAGAAAAUUCUUGCAUUUAGGUUUUAUCGUAUGCUACUGAGGACGCAUCUGUAAAGCGCAGUCUACUCUGAAGUUUAUAUAUUGAGGUACGGGAAGGCGAUCGCUGGGACCAAUGGUUUAUUUAUCCGACUGCGGGUAGAAACCCAUUGCACAGAGCCAGCCGACAAGAAGGCGGAGGUCCAGUUCCUGAGGAAACUCUUCACCAUGAACGGCUACCCUGGGAAUUUCGUCGAAAAGUGCAGGCGAGAAACCCCGGGAGGAAAAUCGAAGGGGCAGCCGAAACCGAAGUGCUGGCGCGAAGUGCCGUACGUAGCUGGUUUGUCAGAAGAAUUCGCCAGACUGCUGAGCGAAGUUGGGAUCGGCGUCGCGCACAGACCUGAAGCCACAAUCCGCCGGCAACUCAUGCAGCCCAAGAAUCCAAUUCCCAUAAAUCAGAAAUCGGGGUCAUUUACCGGAUAGACUGCAAUUGCGGUCAGGCCAGUUAUGUUGGUGAAACCGGAAAACAGGUCCGCACGAUAUUGCAUGAGCAUGAAUUGGCCGUGAGACGGAAGGAUAAACUCUCUUUGGUAGCCGCCCACGCCUCCUCGCCAGGACACGCCUUUGACUUUGGGAGCGUGAGAAUACUAGGACAGUCAGACAACCGAGUUGCGCGACUGCUGCAGGAAGCGUGGCACUCAACUGAGGACGCGAUUAAUCGACAUAUCGAUCUGCCAAUCGCCUAUCAAGCACUGCGUGAGCAAAUCAACAGCGCAGCUAGAGGUCACCCCCUGCAGAGGUGAGCUAAAUACAUGACGAGCUGUACAGUUUUUUAUUCCUUGACGAUGGGCUCGCGUGAGAGUUCGAAACGUCGGAUAAAUAAACCAUUGGUCCCAGCGAUAGCCUUCCCGUCUUCUUCUAUGCAAUUACCUGGGCCGCGCGUAUUCUCUAUCAUUCGGAAUAUUGAGGUGCAUAAUGGAAUACGGGGUCCCGAGAAAUCUAAUUAAAAUUAAUUGAGAUUCUUUGGAAACGUUAUGGCGUUUCUUGCGGGAAUUUUCGUGACUGGUUUCUCAGUCCGCCAUCGGAGACGCAUUUCAGAAUUUCAGCUAGCAUUUUGUGAGACAGGCCACUAGCUGUAUUUAGGGUAAGCUAAUUCAAAUAGCUUAAUCGAAGCAAAAAAUGUGGAAAGUUCAAAUGUUACUUCUGAAUUAAUUGUUAAACCGUUGUUAUAAAAAUGGGGCUUUGAUUUGCCUUCCUCUUCUUAACGUUACUUAGAACCCGAAUUCUGCUGGUUGACCCUUCAAAUUCCGGAAAUUAAAGGAAUCAAAAAGAUCCACUUCAUUUCCAAGGAGGGCAGCAGGACACAUCUCGGAAGCAUAAUCAGGAGUGGCAACUUCUUCAAUGUGCAAAGUAAGAAGAAAUUUGUAAUAAAAAGUGCACAUUACUAGUUUGAUAAAAUACGUAUUACUAGUAAAUUGGGGAAACAAAGGCUGCUUAGUAUUUUGAGUAGAUCAAAGGUGACUUGAAUCUACUUUUAAACCGACAUCUGUCAGUCGUUAUGGUUAAGGCGUCAAGCAGAACAUUAGGCAAAUGUUUUAAGGUGUUUUUGUAACCAGUCUCUCUCUGUAACGACUAGUAAGGAAGUAGAAGCCUGUACAACGAAUGAAGACUAUGGAGGCGGGGAUGGUCGCUUCUGCCCAGGUGUGCUGCUUUCAACUAAGUGUUCUCCAAAAACUCAGAAAAGGAAAUUUUUGCGCAUACUUUCGUUUAAUGUAUUUGAAUGCGUAAGUGCAUCGAAAAUCAAUGGCAAAAGCAUGCGCAACUUGCGUGGUCAUUUUUACCGAGUUUCGUUUUUGCAAGACACUGAAAAGAAGCUCGUUCAACUGCCGGCAUCCUAAUAUAGCUGGGAUAUUUUGUGUUAAUCUUGUGCGAUAACUAAUCAGAUGACGUUUUUUAAAUAAGCUUUUCUAGUUGAAGACAUAUUUCGGAAUUUCUGUUAACAUUCCAGGAGAUGCACAUCUGCAGUACGCAUGGAAAUUUAUGCCUUUAUAAAUGUGGUACUUGGAGGGAAGAAAUAAAUGAUUGUUCUUAAGAUUUUCAAUCAUAGGAAUUUCUAAAGCACUUAAAUCCACUUUUGUGAAGUAAAAUGUUCUGAAGUUUAUUAUUAAUGACCAAAGGGUAAACAAUCUAUAUCACGAAUGUCGCAAUAUCCCGUAAGUAACCUCAGGCCUCUUCAUGGGAAUAUGUGGGUUUCGUCCAAUGUGUUUCUGAGAAAUCACACAUAGUCUGAAGAGAGUAUUCAACAGUGAAUACACAAGUCUUCCUUUAAGAUAAAGUCACACCACCGUCACUUUUUAAAAUCAAAAUAUGCGUUUUUCUGAAACACAUGAUAUACUGAAGUCAAAACAUCUGUGAAAGGAGACGAGAAAGAACGUCCUUUCUAGAAAAAACGAAAUCUUUGAUCAGUUGAGGUCAGUUGAUUCCCUAAACCUCAUGUGUGGCAGGUUUUGGCGAUAUCUCGACUAGCGGCUGAAAUGUGUCUUUUUAGACGUCAUCAAACUUAUGGGUAUAUUUUGAUCUACGACCGUAUUCUAAGCUACUGAAUUUUGUAGAAAUACCUAAGCCAUAUUUUGCAUUUGAAAAACUUCGGACAAUAUUGUUUGGAAUUAAGUGAAUUCGUAUGCAUAGUAAGCGUCUUUUUUUAAAAAAAACUGGGGAAAAUAAUUUGAUUAUGUGCCCAAAAUGGCUAGCAGGGUUUCAGAAGCCUCAGUAGCUAAGUGCAUAUGAAACAAAAAAGUCUGACUUCAAUAUAGGCGAAAACGCAAGCCCCAGGAAGUAGCCCACUCCUUCCACCAAAUCAACUCUUAUCCGGCACCAGUUAUUUAGUACUUGUUUCAGAGGAUGUGGCAGCAUUAGUAAUGGCAACGGCCAUGAGUUUAAUUAGAGGUCCAUCCUGCAAGUCUGGAAUCUUUCGAUGAAGUGCGAAGACCCAAACUCCUUCCAGUAUUAUUGGCAAGUCUCUCUAGGCCAUAUUUAUGUAAUAAGUGGCGUAUAUUAGGAAAGGUAAAGACGGAAAUCUAGAUGAUCCUUUUGGGGCAACCGAAACGAUGGGCAGUUAACCUAAUUGCCUGGAAAACAGUCUUUACUCGUGAGGUAUCUGUUUUUAAGUAUUUUUUGGACAAAAUGUAUUCACAUUUGAGAGGAAAUCAACGUCGCCCUGUAUUCAGGCAAUCUCUAAAGGGUGAAAGUUUUCCCAGGGGAAGUGUGCACAUUCAUGCGUAUUUCUCAAUGAGGGAAGAGUUAUUUUACUUAAAGAGUUCUAACAAACGAACGGUUGCUCGCUUGGAAAGUGUUUUCCGGUCAAGUAAGUUAACAGGGAAGAAUGUGAAUAAACGUUGUUUUCAGAAAGGCAUACAUUUUUUCGAUUAACAAUUUAGGGUCCGAUGUGGUUAUGUAACCCCACCUGAAGGAAACAAAAACCAGUCAUCUCUAAUACGGGACCGGUGGUAAUAGGGUUUUUACAUGUGGGGCCCGGGAACGCGCAGGCCGAGAUGUCAAGUAGUUGUCUGCAAAAUAAAAACUAUUUGGGAUGCGCGGUUGUACGUUGAAUGGUUGAGAAAUAGUUACGCUAACCGCAAACCCCUAAUCAUAACCCCUCAAACUAACGCUUUGCUCCAACCAGAACAAUAUUGUGUCCAUCAGGUGGAGCUACCAAACCACAUCUUACCCAAUUUAGAUUGCACGUUUUUUACGGUUAUAUGCUUUAAAAAGUGGUAAUAAUGUCUAUGAGUAAUUAUGCAAUUUGCCAUCGGCAUAUUUUUCUAACAUUUGCGCUUAUUCCAUAAGUAACCGCGAGAAGAUUCACUACAAAGUGGCCUUUCUGAAUUUUAAACCUGUGAUAAGAUCCUUUUUACGAUCUACUUGGCUAACCGACACAUUUUAUUUCGAAAAGUCAAUUGGUAAACAUAUGUUUUCCAUAAUUAAUCACCAGGCAAUUAAUAGUACAUAGAUAAUGAACAUUUGAGCUAUGAACAGGAUUAAUAUGUGUCUCGGGAGUGAGGGGGGAAGGGCUAGUCACACUCGUUGUUUCAAUGCCAACUCAAUGACGGAGCCAGCGUGUUAGGGAUGUUAGAGCUGGUAAGGGUGGGAGACCAAGGGGGAGGAGGGGUUCGGGUUAAGGUGUUAGCAGUGUCUGUAUGUCAAACAUGUGGAGUGCGCCUGACUGAUCUAAGGGCUUUGGGUCGGCAUUAGUUCUUGCAGGAGAGGUAAGUGUAAAAUUACGGACAAAAAGAUCACUUCUUUAAAUUUUGUUCUACUCAGGCAGUCUUGCGCAUUCGGUUAUUUUUCUGGACAGAUUAUAAGUAAUCCUGAAACUUGAAUUUACUCAUCUGAUGGGAUUUCUUGAGUUUUCGGCAUUUCCUAGCUUUUCUAAGGAAAUAGUUAUUGUUGAGUGAUGCACCAUUACUUUUAAUACUUCUGAAUUUUGAUUUCACAUAAGAGAGAUUUGCUCGAUGCAUUAGGAACGAUUCCAGAAUAAUUAGAGAUUCUUAGCAAAUGUAAGCAAAUGUCAGGAGUUAAGGCAUCAGAUGUGCCCAUUAAUCGGAUUCGCGUAGUUCCUCGUCUUUGCUUGAAAGUAGGAAAUAAAUGACUAGUCUGAUAUGCCUUGAUUUGCUAGAAAAUAAGCAAAGGAUAGCAAUCUUGUUUAUGUCUAAUAUACAAUGACGAGAAGCGCGUAUUUGUAUUGUAUAAUGCUAAAAAGUAUAAACUUUUAUUGACAAAUUAUCGGAAAAAUAUAUGAUUAUCGGGGGUUGUUCAUGUAGGCACCGACCUGAAUGAUGAAAUGGCGGGCUUUUCCUACCCUUUAUCAGAUAAGAAACAGCCGACUAUAAUUUCGUUGGGUCAAGAAAAUUCACACAGGUUUUUGCUAAUACAUUUUCCCAUUUUAGGCUUCUUUGAAUCGGACGCACCAACUGUUCGCUGUGUUAGCAAGGAGACUGUCACACUCUCCUGGAAAAUCCAAAGACCAACGAAAAACGCUAGGGUAAACGUAUAAAGGAUCUGCUCUAGAUACGCAGAGACUAUAUAUUAUGCAUUCUGAGUUGGUAUAAAGAAAGAAUACGAGACUCUGGGAAUAAAUCACUCUGUAGGGAGAAAAUUGACAGUUGUUUUUUUCGAGAGUGGGGAUGAGAAACGAGACCGUAUUAACUAGAGUUAGGAAGAGGAAGACUUCAUAAUUAGCAUAAAAAUGUCACCCGAUUUGCGUUUUGGACACGUAUUCGGACGUAACAAUACAUACGCAGAAAUUGUGAACGCAGGUUUUGCAUUCCAUUUGAUACUGAGAAUAAUUUGCAAUUCGUGAAAUUCUGGCACGCAAACAGUCGUCUUUCCUUUAUCGAGACCGAAAAAUCCACGAUUCUACCGAGGUCUGUUUGGAUGGCGCAUGUGACAAAUUCAAGUCAAGGCUAUCAAAAUGCGAUCAGUUACGGUCAGCAGAUACCCUGAAUAUUCAUAAAUGACGCGUACUAUGGAUCUGGUAAAUUCGAUGAAUCCAAAGACGAACCCAUACCAUUUUCCCCACACGAGACCAUUACUCAUGUUACAGAAUAAGAACGGCUGAAAAGAGCGACGUUUUAGGUAACGCGGUGUAUAGCCAAUUAUGAAAUAUGUUUCGUUUUUUCUGCAUAUCCAAAGCGAGUCGCAAACCUAUCCUGAAGACUGCUUACGGGAACCUCGGCGAGUGUGCGAAGAAAGGAACGAUUUAAAUUCAUCCUACUCUGAUCACUCAGAGUUUCCUGCCGUCCUCAAAUCAAUCUUACAAAGAAAGGACAAUUUGAAAUUCAAAAUAGGGCAUUGUGAAACUUGGGGAACAUAGACAAGCUCCUAACACUGUCCGUUGAUGAAAAAAGGACUAAAUUCACUUAAAAACAUCCGCAUUCCACCCGCAGACAAAGGAAGCUUAAUUAUCAUCCUGAACAUGAUCGACUACAUAAAGAAUAUCCUGCCAUUCUUGGCAGACACGCCAGAGUACGUACCUCGGACUGCCGAUCCUUCAAAAUUACAGACCGCAUACACUGAAAAGACGAUGAAACGCCUUGCAGGAAGAACAUCACUCGCAGAGAUCUUGCCAAAUCCUUGAAACAAGGCAAAAUUGCAGCUGCCAAGGCAUAUAGACUUUCUGAAAUUCACAAAACUGUGACCAACAGUCUCCCUAACCGAUGCACCCAACGAAAAUAUUUCAAAGUAACUACUUCGCUAGUCACAUGCAGUGAAGAUUCAAAUUACUAUCUGUAAAAAUUAAAUAGAGCCAGAGUCGUUUUUCGUGUUUAUUUUUAUAGGCCUAAUGAUAUGCUGCACCGAAGAACUCCUUCAGGCCGACGCCGAGAUCAAUGCAUAAAGACCAACUAUGCUUUCGCCAAACUAUGUUGUCAACAAACAAAAGCCACUCCUUUAAGUUCAACUAUAGUUGGCCUUUUGCUGGAAGUCGUAAUAGGAACUGUGGCUCGCCCAGUGAUGGAUCUUAGACUAAGCACGUGUUAUAUGCAUAGAAGACCUACAGUGCGUGACCGACCUCAUGAAAUGUUGGUCGAAAUUAUGAAAUACGUCUUCGAUUAGUAAGGAUUACUUAGAUAGGGUCGUAAUUUUGGUCAUUUUGCGGCGUAAUCCUAUAAUAUUUCGGAAUCGCUAGGAUGACAGUUUUUGGACGCACGUCCUUUUGAUCUCCCGCGGAAACCACACUUGGCAUAAAUUGACUUCUUAAGUAGCAUGAACGUUUCACAUCGAUUUUCGACAGUCUUAUAAACUCAAAUGUAUUUUCUAGUAACCAUGCACAAAAACAUGAUUUAUUUUAAUCGUUUGGCAUAAAAUCACAUUUUCUUCAGAUUUUGUACCCGAAGAAAACUGUAAAGUUAGUUUUUGAAAAAGUCGCCCCAAAUAAUUGCAAGCCUUAUCAGCAGUUGCAUUAGCGUUUAACGAUUCCACUCAUCAAGGCAUAUGCUUUCCGAGUAAGGAAAAUCAUACAUUCCCCCAUGUCUUUAAGAAGAUUGGUUAUAGAAUUCAUAAAAUUUUGCAAUGAAUGCGGAAUGUGUAGCAAACCUCAUGAGAAACAUUGAUAAACGAACAUGUGCAAUACUGUAUAUAUGGACACGCACGGUCUUAAAAACCUCAUAAUUAAAAACUUUUUCAAAACCUAAAUGUCUGCUUUAUUCGGAUUAAAAAUCUGUCGACCAGUAAAUAUAUAUAGACCUACUGUUAUUUAGAAAUAUCUUACAGGAAAUAUGAUUUACAAUUUUAUCUGCCACCCCGCAAAGAUUCGAUGCACGGAUGGAGGAAUUUGGAGGCCUACAAUGUCAUCUGACACACGUACGUCUUUACACAUGAACUAUUUUGUAAAGUUGCGGCUUAUACUAAUAGAAUCUGAGCCAUUUUGACUUUUCAUGCCAAUAUGUACAUAGUCAUGGAUUCCGCCUAUCUACAGACAUAAACGACUAGUAAGAAAAGAUUAAUCCGAUCGUCCCUCAAACGAGUGAUAUUUUAAAACGUUUGCAAACUAAAAAGCAAGCUGGGUUAAAGGACUUUUUAACAAUUCAAAUCUAGCAUUGGCUUAGUGCGAAAAUGUUCAUCCAGUUAAAUCUCAUAAGCCUUUUUAGAAAAGAGUCUUCCAAUGCGUGAACAUUCUUUAAGGAGAUCCGUGGGAUACGUCCUACCGCAACCAAAACAACCUGGUAGAAUUUUAAUUUAAACCCUUCAGACUGUAUUAGCAGAUGUAUUAAAUAGCAGGAUUAGGCAGUUCCUGUGUGUGAGACCCGAGUGUUCGUCAGGAAUUAAUUAAUUUUUAUAGCCAAGCACGACAAUGUCUGUGAGCAGGUGGGAAUAACGAAGUGAAAAUGUUCUCCUAGCAGAAAUAAGUGGGUAGCAAUCGGCCAACACUUUUCACAACUUAUUAUUUGUUUCCUGCUUCGCUGUGUAUUACUUGCGAAUCCUGAUUAGCAGUAUUAAACAAUGAAACUUCCCUUUGCACGCAUUUGUUCUUUAGAUGAAGUGACAGUUACCUAUAAUCUGCGCCACUCGAAGAAAAACUUUGAGGCCCUCUACUGUUCAGUUGAUGUCGGACGCUCUUGGGUAGCCGCAAACUACUUCGUCGUUUGGCAGGGUAAUUUAAAACAAACCAGCCUCACAGUAUUCAGCGACCUCUUUAAUUAUUCUGUUACUUUGGACAGGAUAUAAACAUUGCCACCAGGCUGCUCGGGGUUUUUGCUGAUGCUACGGCGUGUACUAGCUCUUGUCCGCUAAGGCACGUAGAAACCGAUAAUUACAAUUGGGCAUCAGAAAAGGUGAAAUUGGUAUUUUCAUGGCAUUCCAAUGGUGUAAGGUGCUUUUCUCUAUGAUAACAGCCGGGAGCAGUUUACAUUCCAAACUGACCGAAGAGUAUCAGCCGAAAUCUGAGUACCGAUGCCCUCUUUAUGUCCACCACAGUAAAGUGCGUGGCCGAGCUCAUGAAAUGUUUGUCGAAAUUCUGAAAAGCGUUUUCGAUUAAGAAGGAUUACUCAGAUAGGGUUAUAACAUUGAUUAUCAUGUGACACAAUCCUAUAGUGUUUCGGACUCGCCAAGAUGUCGGCUUCUGAAUGCACUUUUUGUCGACCUCCUGCAGAAACCACACUAGGUAAAAAAGGGUUACUUGAAUAGUAUGCAUUUUGCACGUUGAUUUUCGAUAGUCUUAUAAAUUCAAAUGUAUUCUAUAGAGAGCAUGUACAAAAACACGCUUUCUUCUUCUUGAUUGGUAAAAAAUCACAUCGUAUAUUUGGGUUUUGAAAACGCUUCCCAACCCCCGAAUGAUUUUGGGCCGGAUCAGCCGUUGCAUUAAUAUUUACCGGUUUCAGUCUGCAAGCUGCAUGCGUUCCGCAUAAGAAAAAUCAUACAUUCCUUUAUGCCUUUAAGAAGAUACUCAAUAGAGUUAAUAAAAUUUUGCAGUGGGUACGGGUUGUUUUGCACACUUCACGAGGAACAUUGGUAAACAAACACGUCCGAUCCUGUAUAUAUGGACAUCGCACGGUCUUGAAAACCUUAUAAGGUAAGGAUUGGGUGAAGGAUCUUAAGCAUCUAUGGCUUACAAAGAUACCUACCCAACUUAUUUAAGGCGAUUUUAGUAUGACACAAUUAUUUCGGUUUGGUGUUUCAUCGUGCGAGGUUGUGUCGUCUGUUCUAGACGGCCUGGGACACUACCUACAAUUAUUUCAGCUCAGAGAGUUGAGAUGCAAUCGUUGUGGCCACUUUAUUUUUAUUUUUUAAUUAUCCUGCUGAAUUUCGGCUGCUAUAUUUCAAUUCAUUAAAACUUUUCCGGCCGAAAAACCAAUUUACCAAUUAUCCAUACUUAUUUUGCCCUUCCUCUAUGCAUACAUAGGCCCCGCCCGUAAAAACUCUAGUACCACCUUUCCCAUAGCACAGGUACCUUUGGCUGAUCGUGUGUGUUUGGGAUCCUUCACCCUAUCGUUGUCCUUUAUAAUUGGAAACGUUUUGAAAACCAAAAGAUAACCUUCCCUAGGGUGUAACAUAUAAAGGCAGUUUGGCUUUCUACCAAACAAUUAAAAAAGCAUAUUUUAUGCAUGUCUUCCAUAAAAUGUAUUUGAAUUUAUAAUACCGUUGAAAAUCAAUGUGAAAAAUGCAUGCUACGUUAGCAGCCACAUUUACCGAGUACGGUUUCUGCGGGAGGUCAGAAGGAAGCGCAUUCAAAAGUCGAUAUCUUGGCGAGUGCGAAAUAUUAUAGGAUUAUACUACAUGAUUAUUAAUAUUACAACCCCACCUUAUUAAUCCUUCCUAGUCAAAAACGCAUUUCAGAAUAUCGGCCACGUAUUGUACGUUCAUUAUCAGCGAAACCUGACGUCGACGCCCCAGUUCAGCAGCUGGUAUCUAUCUACUAGAAACGUGAUAUACUCGGACUUAUAGAAUUUAUGUAAACGCAGGCUAAAAACCGAAUUCACAUAUAGCCGCCUGGAGGCUCGGAUUUUAUGCAUGUGUAAAUCACUCAUUUCCGUGGCUUGAGCAAUAAACCGACUUCUAGCCAUCGGACAGUUCAGGUUGUUAAAGCGUUCAGCAGAAUAUAGGCCAGUUGUGUACAUUCUGUGCUAAGAGUCUUAUCGGUAGGAUUACAAGAUGUCAUACUAGCAGCACAGGAAAUAACCAAAAGCCCAUACACGCGUGUUUUGCCGAUAUGCUGCCGCUGUAUGAUAAGGCUGCGAGGGAUUCGACUGAGGAAAUUAAAAAACAACAACCUUUAUCAUUAACAUUUUAGAGGGUAUUGAAUAAUAGGAUUGUAUUAGGUGUUACACGUAAGAUAGACAAAGUACUGGAACGGAAGACGGCCCCAAUAGUUUCGCAGCUACACCAUUUGGGAUGAAAAGGAGAUCUCAACAGUUCCUUUCUUUCUCUGCAUACGCCAUUUCUAUCUGCGUGUCUGUUGGCAGCCUGCUGUGAGUAAUUUGCUUCGACUUUACAAAUGUCUGUAACAAUCGAAUAGAAAACAUUUCACUUCGCAUGAUCCCUUUUGUUAAUUUAAGAACGAAAAACUGACCAACAAUGCUCAGAUAUAUUACUUGCCUAGGCGGUAAAGUGGCACACUCAUUAAAAAACUAAAAUCGCUUGGUCUCUAUGCUGUGGCACUGAGACCUAUGAUGCUCUGCUUGACAAAUGACGCCAGUUAUCAACUUAGAGUGAUUGGGAAGACCAUCCAAAGAUGCAUGGUCUGAGUUGAAGGAAAGACUCUCUGAUAUGAUUUAUGCUAUUUUAAAGUGUGCUUUUCGCACGUUUAUGCAAAUUUCCCUUUAAAGACACGGCGAAAUUCGUUGAGGAUGAGAAUUCCCCAAAGGAUACCCUCGCGAUUGCUGGCAACGAUCGCCAGCACACCUUGACGUGGCACGUCUCAACGUCUGAACCAGUGACCUCUAAGGUGAGCGUUUGCACGCGGGUAUUUUUGAGAGAGUUGUGCCUUUAUGCACCAGUCGGGGAUUUUAUUUUACAUUUUCUAACUAAAAGACACCCCAAAGAAUCCGUAUCCACAACGGCAUGGAGGGUCUAAGGGCUCAGCAGAUGUCCGGUUCGGGGUGAGGAUAAACUUAUCUGUGAAAUUUGUGUAGCUGAGAAAUAGUAACUUGUAUAUUCUGGUGAAAUUAGCAUUUGAGGUGAAAAGUCUAUAAAUACCAUGGUCGAAUAAUAAUUAAAAACAGCGAAAUUCAACUCAAUACCUAAUCUGGCUUUCAUUUUCUCUUAAAAUGUCACAUGGCUAGACGCUGAAAUGCGUUUAUAACUAUCAUCACUCAAUCAAGAUUAGCCAUCGGUUUCUGUUCAGCGAGUAAUCAAAAUUAUGCCCUCAAGAUUUCCGAAGAAGGAGUUUAGAAAGUAUUUGGCAAGCAUACGUUUGCUUUUGAUAAAUUUUCGCCAGGUAAGUACAUUUAUACGGUAACAGGGUCAAGUAAAACAGGUAGAAAAUAAGGGAAUUCUAAGUGUGGAUGCCUACCUUUUAACACAAGCCAGCCGCAGAGAACAUAAGUGGAAUAAUAAGAAGCAAUAAGUAUCAAACCAGUCGAGUGGUGGUGAUUGGUAUGCAGAGAGUAGGGCGCGGAGAACUGCACGCGGUUAAACGGCCCUCGACCGUGGUAAGUAUUGUGCUUGCACGAGGUUCCUCUGUGAAUACAAGACCAAUUUGCGAAGCCUGGUGGCAACAGCUUUUUUGUUGAUAACAGAAGCUGACGCAAUGGCUUAGAAUAGGUGUUUGAGACCUUAUAAAAAACAAAAAAGCUUUGUGGGGGCUGAGGAGAUGCCCGCUAUCCACGAAAUCUACAAGAAUGACACUGCUUAUGUUCCUGAUUCCUCCUUUGCUCAGCCAUGCCGGACGUAUCUCCGUAUUGUUUUGGAUAGGAGCCUAUUCGUGUAAACAAUAUAACCUGUUUUUCGAGAACCAACAAGCGAAAUUGUUGCGAAACAGCCUGGGCUUUUAAGAUGUGUCAUAGGUAACCUAAGAAGCCAUACCAAAAUUAAAUUUGUCUCUUUAAUGCAUUUGCUUGUUUGUCUGGACUGCAAAUGGGUCUCAAGGCAAAUGAAAGGUUGGACUGAAAAGUGUGCUUAUCGUGCGUAAACUCGUUGCACUGAUUUGGAAUUACCCCCAACACAUCCGACGUCCAGAAUGGCAUCAUAAACUCAGAGUGCAAUUUGCAUUUCAACUUCCAAAAUCAAUUACUAUCCAAAAUGUUCAACCACUUCUGAUGGCAAAAGCAAACCUGUGUAUGCGCUAAAAGUGACCAAUACGUGGUCAUAGUAGCCAUUCCAGUCUCCCUUGUUUUUGUCGGUAAUACCAUUCUGCCUUUAUCAUGAGCCGCUGUGCGGCUGCUGGUUGGGCUCGAGAGAGAGAACCCGAAAGGCACAAUGGGACGAGUGAGUUCCAUAAAAACGAUCGGUAAGUGCAUCUCUACCAGUGCUCAAAAUUAUUUGAUUUAUGUUGAUAUGAGGCGAGGCACUUCGGCUGGGCUACAGUAAACAAACGGACAAUGGCUAGGGAUUUCAGCAAUCAAGUUGGAUCGCCUCUUCCAGGCAAACGAAUUUCGUCUAUUGCAUACAUUGUUUCCUCCACUGCCUAUGUGAAAACAGUAAAAAUUAAAUGUACCUUCUUAAAACCGCUUGAGAAAACGUAAAGUACCUUGUAAGCCUACGGGUGAAACUAGUGAAACAGCGGGGAUAAUUUGCUCCAUUGAGACACUGGACAGGAAAGUUGCCUGUUCGAGAGAAACCCUGGGUAAAAUUGAAGAUCCAGCACGUUGGUUCAAAAGUACAGCAACUUUCUGCGACUAAGAAUGACGGAACAGUCAGUUCUGUAAAAACUUUUGGUAACCUCCUUACUGUCGAAAGUCAACAAAAUUUCAACUCUCAUCCAGAGAGGAUUGAAAUUCAGGCAAACCCAUAUUCAAAAGUCGUACUAAGACCAUUUGGGUUCAAGGGAUGAAAGAUGUCACAAAUUACGUUUAUGGAUUUACAUGUAAUUGCUGUUGCAGACACAUUAGACGAAAGCAAAGUCAAUUGGUAGCCCGGCCAUUUGAGUGGUUGCUUAAAUGACUUUCAAAGUGGAAAAAUAAAACUUCGAAUUAUUUCAUUACACAACACCUCCUUGAGAGCAGUUACUCUAAUAACCCUACAACAGCAUACCGAGUACUUGUUCGGACGUGAAUAACUCUGGUAUUGCACUACCUGGAAGCGGCCUGCGCAUAAAUAGAGAGACCCGACCUAUUCCAACAGCUAAGAAAUGUGUUCAACCCUAAUUUAACCGAGUAACCUCCAGUACUUGGAAUUGUACAUUUUGCCUGUUAGCGUUACUUUCCUCUUCCUCUAUAGUUUUGUUAAGUUACUGUUUUUACUGAUCAAACUGUGUGCUGUUUUCUCAUUGAUUUUCUAUCAUAUUUAAUUUUCCGCAUGUUUCUUACUCAUGGUCAGUUUUGUAAAACAGCCGGUUGCAUUUGGUAAAAUUAUAUACCGUACAUAAUAGUACCAGGAAGCUCUGCCGUUUACGUCCGUUUUUAAAAUAUUUUCUCAUGUUUUCAAGUAUGCAACUGACGUUUCAAUGUCAUAUACAUGGCCUUGGUAGCGCGUUUUAGGUUUUUUGUGUGUCACGACAGUUAAGAAAUUAGGGAGUUUCGCUUGUCCUGGUCCACUGUCAUUCGGUAGUAUUUCGCUAAUUCUCUCGUAGCCUCGGAAUAAGAACGCAUUCUUUCCACCCCUUCCUCUUCUAGUUCAUUUACAUAUCAUAACCGAAUUCGCUUCUUCAGAGUAAAACUGUUAGGUACGGCGAAGUUUGUGUCAGCGGCCGCGGCAGAAGCAGUAGCAGUAUAGCGGACAAAAUGCGUAAGGAAGGCCUCCGGAUCUGCCUUUAUGAAGUCAGAUUCAGUCAACAGCCUCGUGUUCUGCACAACUGCAUUGUUUGAACCCCAUUUGCAAAGUGUGUAAAUAAUUCAUAAAAAUCUCUUUCAGCCCUUCGUAUGCCUCGACAACAACCACCUUAUUUGCUCCGGCGUUACUUCGGCAAAUGAUCCCGGACGAUGCAGUAAGUAUAUUAUCCAUGCUUUUGGUAACAUAUGCACAUUCUAAAGCCUGAUGCCACGCAGCGAAAUCUGAGACAUUGGGGAGGGGGGUGGGGAGCAUUUACGUCAUCUGAGAAUGAUUACUAUGCGCCACCGCUGAUUGUAUGUCAUGGGUGGCAGAACGAAUGGAUGAAAUUAUUUUCUUAAGAGCAUCCUUGUAACUGCCCGCAGAUAAAAGGUAAAAGGACUAGCAAAUGGCAAUGGAAACUCGCUUAGUGAUUUUCAGGAACAAAAUUGAGGCAGUUAAAAGCUACGCAACCUAACUGACGUCUUAAAAUUGCUUGGUCACUCACCUGUUUGUUUGCUGGAGCGAUGCGGGUUACAUGUUGCCCAUGUGAAAGUCCGAACCUCGAGGACAUCGUAAAGCGCUGAAGCCUAUUUCAGUGAGCCUUAUUUGCCCAUUCACAAAGAAGCAGCACCGCGGAGCAUGCACGCCCGUGAGGAAAAGUGCCUAAAUGUUUUCAGCUGAGGAUAACCCACUCAGACUGCUGUCAGUUUCCUGCUCUGUACAAUUUCAGGCAGCUUAACCGGACCCCAAAGUCAGACAAAUGUACGCAGUACACCGUUUCAGUGAUCACUCCGUCAUGCAUGGCGGCUCUCUUGCUUAUGCUUGAUUUCGAGUCACUGAACUCGAAAUCUUGAGACUCAAACGCACGUGAGGAGUGUGUGUGUGUGUGUGCAUAUGGGUAAUGCCUCUCAGUCGACGACUGACUGGUUGACCAGCCCUUGGAGGGUGAUGGUCCAGGCUAAGUGCAAGGUUGUGUGUAAUCCUUCCAGGCCUCGUGGAAUGUAAGCAUCUGCUAUGCAAUGAUCGGCAAACCAUGUCCGCACAGCCUGGUGUGGGCUGGCAGUUCUCUGGCACUUGGCUUCCAGCCGGUAGAUGCGCUUGCGCUCCUGCUGUGUAUAGAGAUCGCGAACAUGGUUGCCCAGCCAUACUCCUCUCUCUGACCCCUUGUGGUACUGUUGUUGUUGGUCAAAAUCCUUGGCAGGUGUUUGUUGUUGACCAGGGGGUGUGGUGGUACGCCUAGGUGUGCGUCUGGCCGUGCUAUCCACCUGCGCCCUCCCUCACUUCCGGUCUCCUUGCCUAUAUCCUGACAGCGGGCUCGGGGAGGGGGGAGAGGAGUGAGGACGGUAGAUACCGCGCAAAUCUACCCUUACUAUAAACUAAUUCAGUCGCAAGUCAACGUGCCUGCCUCUCCCUGCUGUGGAGCACACAGUGGACGUCGUCGAGCACGACGGUCGAGUUGUCGUCAGUUUAAGACAGUGACUACGAAAUCGGCUAGACUAUGAAGUAGCCGAAAGUUUGAAAUAGCUGAAUGGGGUCACACCUGAGCCUGAAGCGACCCAGACAGGCUCUGCUGCAAUUUGAAACUAACCAGACGGAGGUUUUCCGUUGUCUCAAAUACUGGGAUUAAUGUCUACUUCAGUCGACCUUACUUAAAACUGUUGAUAUAAGUUUUGGAGAGAGAAAAGGAAAACCUUGGCGAAGUCAGCGAUCAGUUUGAAUUUUUCUCAUUAGAGAAAUCCGAUUCGGCUAAAAGUUUCGGCUGUGAAAUCCAACAAAGCAAAUGUUUCGUAAAUCAAAAGACUGAUGAGUACUAGGGCAAGUCUAGCUGGUCUAGCUGUGUUUGCAUAGGUCGGGUUUCGCUCCCCACAUAUAGCCUGAUUCCCAAUUAACACUAAGUUCGAUUGCGUGUCACCGAACAAGUAUGCUGAAUGCUGGCUUUGGGUCAUCUAAGUGACCGCUAUCUGAAGAACGAGGGGUCCUAUUUUCCAACAUUAAGAGCCAUGGUAGCAACUGCGUCGACUUGUAUCACCGGGCGCCCUGACUUGCCUGCUUGUUGCAACAGCAUGAGACAUGUGAAAGCGCUAAAACUAGGCUUGCCUUCGAAAGAGAGUUGCCUUUUGUUUCUCUCGUCGCCAGCCCCACCCAGGUAGAUUGUGAUAAAAUUAAUCUAGCAAAGAGAAAACUUCUGUCUGCCGCAUUGUUGAACUUCCAGGCGGGAGCCAUUCAUAGGGAAUUGCAAAUAAAUUAUCCUCACUCAUCCUACCACGUAUGAGAAAUAGGUUUUGGUUUUUAACUCUAUUGCCUGUUGAAUGAUUGAAAGAAUGGAGAUUUUGCGAAAUCCAUAAAAAUGCCGGGGAAAAAUCUGGUCUGCCUGCGUGAAGUGAAAUUUUUUCUACAUGUAGAAGACUUAGUUAGCAGUAAUGCUUUCCUUCUUUACAACAGGUAUCCGUGGACAAGACCAUUCUUUCCAGUAUUCGCUUGCUGUUGACAACCCGCCGAACGAAUCCACCGCGUACUACUGUUAUAUUGGCGGAAAGGUUCAAGCAAAAUCCGUUCUUCGGUCAGGUAAGGCGUGCUUUUUCAUGGUCUUAGUAAAGACAAAGUAGACAGUGACACUUAGAUUUAGCUCUAUUUACGCACCUAAAAUCGACAGCGUUCUGAGCCGCAGGCGGGGAAGAUCUGAAAGCCGAGCCCAUGAGCAGUUGGCCAUACAGCUUGUUGACCUACUAGUUGAGUCACGAGACCCACACUCUGAUAACUUGUAGAGUAGGGUGGACAGAAGAGAGGCCUACCGUGUUCUGGGACAACCAAAUUUACCCUUACAGCCUGCGAACACACGGUUUCCGAUUCGUCAAAAGAUGCCUUAUUUAUUUGGGGCCCUGGGCAUUCUGGAACAUUUCAACCUAUGGAACGCCAAUCGUGGAGCGCGUUAUAUGUCAUUCCAGCCCAUUGCUCGUCGGUCGUGGAUUGGCCGCUACGUGCGCGAGAAUUCCCUCGAGGAAAGAUCUCGAAUGUUCGACUGGCUACUGAUUGGGCCGCACGAGAGAGCAAAGGCGGCAAACGUGUUCGAUGCUGCAGUACACGCUGAUUGGUUGCCUGAUUUCGUUUGUGCAUCUUGACUGCCGGCUUGUCUUGACUGUUCCGCGCAAGAUCAAAGUCGUCCCUUUGCAUUAGGCCGUUAUUCAAUACGGUUUCCGAUCUCCAGAACACAACCGUUAUCUGGGAUACCCAAACCCGUGCAGAAGCAUUGCUCUCUGCGGUGAUUGCGACAUCGAAUACGGCGCUGUCUCCAGCCCCCAUGUAGAGCCUCUUGUACGCAGUAGUCUAACAAUGGACCAUCAGUAAUCCUCACCAGAUAAACUUGCUGUGGCCUCUUUGAUACGCAUUCAUGCGGGGUAAUAAUUGAUCUUAGGAGCGCUACAAGCGAACUCUUCUUAUUUAAAUGAGUGUUUAAUGAGUCGGGCUGCAUCUUGCAGGUGGGGCAUAACAUUUAUUGCUGAUUUUUUUUCGCCUCGUUAUUUUGGACAUAAAAAAGUCGGACAGGCGCUUGUACAAUAUUCUAAAUGACGCGUGCUUUAAUUGACUUCCUCUCCAUAUUUCAGGCGUCGCCAUCGAAGACCAGUUGAAUGCAUACAUUUGGUACCGCGUGAACGGAGCCAAAUUAAUGCUGAACAAUGA